CUUGCAAGCUGGAGAAUAAUAGCUUAACCUGAUAUAAAAUGCAUUACAAAUUUGCCACCAGACAGGCAAAAUUGAGAAUGCAAUUAGUUAGCUACAAAAGCACCGUUGAAGAUAGCGUAGGUGACCUACAGAACAGGCAAAAUUCAUGCUACCCAUGAAAGUGGUACCUGAAGGGAACAGAUUGAACCAUGCUAAUAUAUAACAAAUUAGUUCUUCUCAUCCAUUCGUUCUGUUAUCAACAUCUUGUGUUGCAUUUGCACUAAAAGAAAGUCGUGGGAAAGGCAGCCACAAUCCUCGUAGGGAUUAAUAUUCUAUGAAUAUCUAAUAAUAAUAAAAAUUCGUAUAGUAAGUAGAAAAUAAAUUGUGCUUUUAAAAUAUAUUUUUCUAGAGACAUGUCUAAGCCAAAGCAAGUAAAAAGAUGACUCAGUGAAAGAAAUAGCCUGUAUAUGUGGGAUACAAAAAGGGUUAAUUCUCUAUAGGUAUUGUUUUCAUUGCUUGAAUCUGUAAUCUUCUGUUUAUGAAAUAGAGUAACUUUAAUGUUAUACCAAAAUCACCCUGUGAGCCAAGCCAAAUGCAUAAUCUAUCAAUGAUGUCUUACUAUCUGCCAUGUGGAUCAGCUGUGAAGUUUUGAUUUGCUAAAGGAUGUUGAAGUUGAACUGUAUUACUGUAGUGACCUAUUGAGCCGAAUUUAACCUAUCCUGUUGUUUAAGCUCCUCGAUUUCUGAAAUGUUCGGUUUAGUAGAGAUUUUCAGGGCUUUUCAUGUCGUAUUCUACUUGUUAUUUUAGUAAUGAUAAAGAAAGUUUCUCCAUACUUCCGCUACACGUUUCUCUAAGCAGCCUGUUUGUGUGGACUAGUUUAUUUUCUGACCCACAUUCAAGGUUUGGCUGGCGAUUACUACGCGGAUUGUGGGCCUCGUGCUCAUUCAUAGAGAAAGGGAAGGAGAGAGAUUCUCUGUAACAGAACAGAACAUGGCAGAGUCUGCAGUAUCAACAGUGGUGCAAGGACUUGCUGACUUGCUGAUUCAGGAAGCAACUUUCCUAGAUGGAGUGAAGGAGGAAGUGGUUGGCAUGCAGCUUGAGCUCAGGCGGAUGCAAUCUUUCUUGAAAGAUGCCGAUACAAGGCAAGACGAGGAAGAAACUAUUCGCAAUUGGGUUUCUGAAAUCCGAGAAGCUGCUUAUGAUGUAGAGGAUAUCAUUGAAGAGUUCGCCCUCAAAGUUGCUUUGAGGAGAAGAUCAGGCGUAGUCAAUGUCAUCAAGAGGUAUGCUACAAUUGCUAAGGAAUCUGUAGAGCUUUACAGGGUUGGUUCUGAGAUCCAAACUAUUAAAUCCAGGAUUUCUAAUCUUACCACAAGCUUGCAAACUUAUGGGAUACAACCUAGAGAAAGCUCUGGUCCUUCUCUACAGGGAGGAAGGCAGCAACAUUUGAGAAGGUCUUAUUCCCAUAUUGUGGAAGAUGAUAUAGUUGGGUUGGAGGAAGAUGUGAAAAUUUUGGUGGAACAAUUGGUGAGCAGUGAAAAAACUGUUGUUUCCAUUUAUGGAAUGGGAGGCCUUGGAAAGACUACCCUUGCUAAGAAGAUGUAUCAUAAUCCUGAUGUUAGGCAUCAUUUUGAAGCUUUUGCUUGGGCUUAUAUAUCCCAGCAAUGUCAACCCAGGGAUGUCUGGGAAGGAAUCUUGUUUAAGCUAAUCAAUCCAUCUAAAGAGCAGAGGGAGGAAAUUUCAAGUCUAAGGGACGAUGAACUGGUUAAGAUGCUUUAUCAAGUUCAACAAGAGAAGAAAUGUUUAGUGAUCUUGGAUGAUAUUUGGACUGUUGAGACUUGGAAUAAUCUGCGUCCUGCUUUUCCAUAUAGAACUGGAAUGUUUGGCAGCAAAUUAUUGCUCACAACUCGUAUCAGGGAUGUUGCAUUGUAUCCAGAUCCAACAUGCUUUCUCCAUCAACCAAGAUACUUAAAUGAUGAAGAGAGCUGGGAAUUGUUUAAAAGGAAGGCAUUCCUUGCCAGAAAUUAUCCAGACUUCAGAAUUAGAGCACAAAUGGAGGAACUGGGAAGAGAAAUGAUUGGGAAAUGUACAGGACUACCAUUGGCCAUUAUUGUGCUUGGAGGACUUCUGGCAACUAAGACAACUAUCUAUGAGUGGGACACAGUUCGCCGCAAUAUUGUUUCACACUUGAGGAGAGGCAAAGGCCAUGAACAACUCUUCGGAGUAUCUGAGGUUUUAGCUUUAAGUUACCAUGAACUGCCAUAUCAGUUGAAACCUUGCUUCCUUCACUUGGCCAAUUUCCCUGAAGAUUAUGAGAUACCUACGAAAAAGUUGAUCCGGAUGUGGGUUGCUGAGGGAUUCAUAUCAUGCAUUCACAAUGAAGAAAUGGAGGAAAUUAUGGAGGAUGUAGCUCAGCGUUACUUAGAUGAGUUGGUCCAGAGGUGUAUGGUUCAGGUAGUAGAAAGAGGCUCAACUGGAAGGAUUAGAACUUGCCGUAUGCAUGACCUUAUGCGAGACUUAUGCUUGUCAAAGGCAAAACAGGAAAAUUUUCUAGAGACUUAUUGUCAAUUGCAUGCAAAUGAUCACUCGGUUUACUCAUUUCCUUCAUCCCUGGUAAAUGAAGCUAGGUCAAUUGGUAGGCUUCGUAGACUUGCAAUCUUUUUGGAUGGAGACCUUAAAAGAUUUGUCCCCUCUCGAUACAAAAGAAAUUCCCACCUUAGAUCUCUUCUGUAUUUCCAUGAAAAACCAUGUCAUGCAGAGAAAUGGGGAUCAAUAAAAUCAGUUUUCAACAACUUUAAGUCACUCAGGGUCUUAGAUCUUGAAGGAAUUCAGAGUCAUGAUGGAAAGUUACCAAAAGAAAUUGGCAUGUUGAUCCACUUGAGAUUCUUGAGCCUGAGGGAUACUGAUAUAGAUGAAUUGCCAUUUACAAUAGGCAACUUGAGGUACUUGCAGACCCUAGACCUUUUGACUUGGAAUUCAACUGUACAAAUACCAAAUGUGAUAUGGAAGAUGCAAAGGUUGAGGCAUUUAUAUCUUCCUGAAUCCUGUGGUGAUGAUUCAGAUAAAUGGCAGUUGGCUACACUGAGCGACCUGCAGACGCUAGUGAACUUUCCUGCAGAAAAAUGUGAUAUAAAAGAUCUACUAAGUCUGACCAAUCUCAAGAAACUAGUAAUAGAUGAUCCGAAAUUCGGGCUACUCUUCAAGUCACCUGGUGCUGCAUUUAACCACUUGGAGACUUUGUCCUUUGUCAGUAAUGAAGAUUCUACUGUAAUUCAAGUUAUUACAGAAAGUCCUCAUCUUUAUAAGCUGCAUAUAGAAGGCCAGAUAGAGAAGCUACCAGAGUGCCAUCAAUUUUCCUCGAACCUCGCCAAAUUAAACCUGCAGGGAUCUAAACUUAUGGAAGAUCCAAUGGUGACAUUGGAAAAGCUGCCAAACUUAAGAAUCCUCCGUUUACAAAUGGAUUCAUUUCUUGGAUCUGCAAUGGUUUGCUCUGACAAAGGUUUUCCACAACUGAAGUCUCUGUUCCUUUGUGACUUGCCCAACUUAGAAGACUGGAGGGUGGAAGAAGGGGCCAUGUUGAAUCUCUGCAAUUUAGUGAUUUCAAAUUGCACAUCUCUGAAGAUGGUUCCUGAUGGACUAAGGUUCAUCACUUCCCUUCAGAAAAUGGAGAUAAGAUCAAUGCUUAAAGCAUUCAAAACCAGGCUUGAAGAUGGAGGAGACGAUUUCUACAAAGUCCAACAUGUGACCUCUGUUGUGUUUCGGUAUUGUGAUUACUAGAAUAUGAACUACUCAUCAUCAUUAAUAAGGUACUUGUUAAUUUCAUGGCAAA